AUGGAGCAGCAACACAUCGACUCGCUCUUGGAGCGCUAUCUAAACCUAAUAGACGAAUACUCGCGCCUGCGAGAGGAACUAUCGAAGCUUCAGGCGGGCGUGUUUCAGAACAUUGCCAGAGCCAACUUUACUGGCGAGCGGGGCAUGAGAUAUGGCCAGGACCACUAUGACGAGAGGAUGCGUGCAUUAAGAGUGUUGGAUAUUGCGCCUGGAGGAGACGAUGUACCUAUUUUCACAAUCAAGAGCUUAAAAUCUUCGGCGGAUGACGAAGGUCAGAGAGAGGAUGAGAAACGUGAGGACAGUUCUGAUGGAGACAAGGCGGACACCCAAGAAAAUUCCGAAGCCAAUCCUAAGGAAGAACAGAACCCCGAGGACCAAGGCGAAGAGAAAGAGAAGGAGGAAGAGAUAAAGACAAAGAAGGCGACCAACAAUCCUCUGCGCUGGUUCGGCAUCUUGGCUCCC